UAGUUGUCAAAAAACUUUUACUUUAGGAACCAUUGAAAUCUAGUUCCAGCAUAACACAGUGACUUCUUGUUUAGAAAUACAUUUUAGGCAAAUUACAAUAUACUUAAACAAAAACGAUUGACGAAUUGUCCAACGAAAUAGCAAAUAAUAAACUUUAACCACAACAUUUGGCUACGAAGAAUAGUUUUAUAAAUACAUUUGGAUACACUUUUGAAAAUCCUCUUUUAAGAGGAACAGCAGUAACAAUUUUUAAUGAAGAUACCCAAACAGAAAAACAUAUGGAGCAUUCUUCAACGUCCAAGUACUUUGAAUGUGCUGACAUAAAUGGAAAGCUAUACAAACUAGGUGAUCUAUCCGAGGAGCAGAAACAAAAGUCAGUUAACCAAAUACAUCGCCAAAACUUGGGAACUUCUACAUCUCGUCAAGCAGGACAAUCUAGGGGUUCAAAAAAUUGUAUGCUUGCAGCUCCAUCAGUUUUCUAUAAGGAAACUACGAAAUUGCCAAAAAAACAGAGUCUUCGUAGGAGUGAGCGUGUAAAAAAUCGUGAGCAGAAACUAAAGGUAACCAAAGAAGUCAAUACAAAGGACCAAGAGGAAUGCAGUCUUAAAGCUAAGCAGCACCAACCACAAAGCAAGAUCAAUUUGUUCAAACGUGCGAAUUUGAACAAAAAGUUGGAUGAUCUCAACGAGGAGGAACUUGGGUUGACUUUUCGAAAGCAACAGCAAAAUCAGCAGCGCCUAAAAAGACGUAAAAAUUUGGGAACGGCCGAACCACGUCAAGUAGGAAACAUGAACAAGGAUUCGAAAAGCAGAUUAGCUAAGGACCCACACGCUUCGUUACAAAAAGAUUUACCAUUAAUAGAUUGGGCCACAUUAGAUGCUCCUGAAAAGCCUGAAGAAGCACCUGUUCUGAGAAGAAGUGCGCGAAUUCAAGAACUUAAACGCAAGAAAGAAGCUUUGGAAGCCAAAUUAAAGGAGGAUGAAAAGAAACUCAAGUCGCAACCCAUAAAACCGCGAUCUGUGAAACGUGUCGUUCGGAAACGUAACAGAAGCAAAACUAAUGUGUUCCCUCCAUACUUUGAAUGCGCCGAAAUAAAUGGAAAGCUUUACAAACUCUACGACGUUACCGAAGUCAUGGAAUUAGCGGAUGCUUUCCGGAAGCAACAGAAGCAAAAUCAAAGCAGUCGACGACGCUUGGGAGCCGCAGGAUCUCGUCGAGUCAAAUCACAAACCUAGAUAAAUGAAAUACCAAAUUGCAUAUUAGGAACAUCAUGCAUCUUUAAGAAUUUUUUUGUAUUUGUCAGUAAAUUGUUCAUUUUUCAUCUAUUCAAAUAUCAAAAUUUGGUUUUUAGUUCAAUUUUGAGUAAAAGUCAAGUAGUCUAAUAAACAAAGUAAAUAUGCCUUUCAGAAAACUCAAUAUUUGGUAUUUUGCCCCAAUUGUUCCGUCACUAAUCUUAUCCCACAUCAACUGAUUCCCAGAAAAGCAUUUACGAUGUGUUCGGGGUUGAUAUCACCUGAGAACGAGUGACAGACUUGCACAAUUUUACCCGUUUAAGUCACACAAACAGUAGGGAUUCCGAACUGUGCGGUUAUCAGGCAGGUGAUAAACAAACUCAGCCCUGAUACUACAGUUUUGUACGCUGUAUCUAUAUUAUUGUGUUUGUCAAACUCGGAGCGGAGGCCUCGCUGGACUAACGAAGUACACACGUAUCUCCAGAUAGUGUCACGCUGGAAACACGGCCACUUAAAGCCCGAUCUCUCACCUUGAACCAAAACGGCAACUUGUAAUCCCCCGGACUUAAGCUGCUCGUAUAUUCGAGCAUCUGAGAAUCAGAUAAAAGCAGAAUGCCGCAGGAGGAGCUCAGCCCAAGCAGCGCAUUCAAAAUUAAUCUGCGGCGGCAAUAAUUUCCGAUUUUUUGUGCUCGCAUGAAAAUCCCAAGCAUGUCAAAUUGUAUUCCAUUCAAGCAGCAAAAUGAGAAAAAUAAAAGCGAGCGCGAGAAGGAAAGAAAAAUGCGCACAUUGAGCCGACUGUCAUGAGAUCUUAACGAAACGAGAGAAAAUAAAAACAGAUCCUGCCAAAGAAGACUUACUCAUAAAAAUCAAGUAAGAAAAUGUCAUGGGAAAGUAAAUCGACUUAAGGAUGCUCUGCACAGAGUUCAUAAGAUAAAUGCUUUAAGUUUGAUUUUAAUAGGAAAUAAAAUAC